AUGCAAUUCGUCAGUGCUGGUAGACAUGGGCAUGGGCAUGGGCAUGGUCAUGGACAUGGGCAUGGGCAUCAUGGACAUGGCGGUUCCAGUAACAGUCAAUGCUAUCAAGCUCAACAAUUUUUCAAUCAAUGGUGGCCUCAAUCAGUACUUACCAGUGUCUUUCAAACAUUGUGUUAUCGAGUAGGAGCUACACAAGCUUGGACUACUCUUCAAGGACUAUUAGGUGUUCCAGUUACAGGAACAUUGGAUCAAGCAACAUUUCAAGCUCUUCUAAAUAAUAAUAAUCAUGCAUUACUGGCACAACAAUUACUUGCAGGUGUUACAACUCCUUAA